AUGUUAAGGCCUGAUUAUGAUUUAGAUGGUGAAGGAUAUGAAAUACCUGUAAAUUGGGAAAGAAAACUGGAUUAUUCAAAAAAUACAUUUUCAAAAGUGCAUCAACACUCCUCAUUAACCAAUUGGUAG